AUCGGGUUUAAUCGACAAAAUUCACUCGGACGGGAAAGUGCUGUCGCUCGGCGCCGCAAAUAGGAAUAUACUCGCACGAGGCAUCGUUUCAUGCGGGCGCUAAACUAAGGACGCCUAAACUUAAACUAAAAUAAAUAAAAUAAAACCAAAGGGAAAACCUUAAAACGCAAUUGAAACACUUUUAGAGAUAGUGUACUUUUGAGCGCUUACCAAGGUGAAAACAUAAUUCAGAACAGCAUCCAUUGUUACUCGUCCUUGUUGUCCAAAGAACCCCCUUCAUCGGAGGAUACUCAUCAGGAUCCCCUCAUCUCUGCAUUUCAUCAGAGCCUCUAAUUGCUAUUGAAGAUCGGGCCGGAAAAAUAAACAAAAAUCCGCCAACAUGUUCAUCGAAGAUGAUGCGCAAAUGGAAAGCUUCUGGGUGCUGGUCUCAAUUGGAGCGAUCAAGGCGAUCACCUGCGUAUACGAUAUUGUUACGUUGCCGAUCUAUUUGGUCCUGCAACAGCCAUGGAAGCGUCGACAGGAUUCGCGGCGAGUGAAGGCCAAGCCCAUUAACCAGAAAAUGUUGGUCGAUGAGUCCAAGUACGCGCCGGAUGACAUUGAGGCAAAGAUCGUAAAGAACGAUGACCAUGAGCUGACCUACCGGACUACGGAUCCGCCGCGUGAUGUCCACGUGAAGAUGCUGCAGGAGAACAUCGACACCCUGGAGAAGGUCUUCAACUAUGUGGCCAAGACCUUCACCUCGAAACGGUGCCUGGGCACGCGUCAAAUCCUCAGCGAGGAGGACGAAGUGCAGCCCAACGGACGCGUCUUCAAGAAGUACAACCUGGGCGACUACAAGUGGAAGACCUUCACCGAGGCGGAGCGAGCCGCCGCCAACUUUGGUCGCGGACUGCGCGAACUGGGCCAGGCGCCCCGCGAGAACAUUGUCAUCUUCGCCGAGACCCGGGCCGAGUGGUUGAUCGCCGCCCACGGAUGCUUCAAGCAGGCCAUGCCCAUUGUCACCGUCUACGCCACCCUGGGAGAUGAUGGAGUUGCCCACUGCAUCACCGAGACGGAAGUCACGACGGUCAUCACCUCGCACGACCUGCUGCCCAAGUUCAAGACCCUCUUGGACAAGUGCCCGCUGGUGAAGACCAUCAUCUACAUCGAGGAUCAGCUGAGCAAGACGGAGACCACGGGAUUCAAGAGCGGCGUCAAGAUCGUGCCCUUCAACCAGGUCCUCAAGACGGGACAGGAGAGCAAGUUCGAAAACGUGCCACCCAAGGGAGAUGACAUUGCCAUCAUCAUGUACACCUCAGGAUCCACGGGCACACCCAAGGGUGUACUGCUGUCCCACAAGAACUGCAUUGCCACGAUGAAGGGCUUCGUGGACAUGGUCCCCAUCUAUCCGGAUGACGUCCUCAUCGGAUUCCUGCCCCUGGCCCACGUUUUCGAACUGGUGGCGGAGAGUGUGUGCCUGAUGACCGGCGUGCCCAUUGGCUACUCGACACCACUGACCCUGAUCGAUACCAGCAGUAAGAUUCGACGCGGAUGCAAGGGAGACGCCACGGUUCUGAAGCCCACAUGCAUGACCUCGGUGCCGUUGAUACUCGAUCGCAUCUCCAAGGGCAUCAACGACAAGGUCAACUCUGGCUCUGCCUUCCGCAAGUCGCUCUUCAAAUUCCUCUACCAGUACAAGGUCAAGUGGGUGCAGCGCGGCUACACGACGCCUCUGAUUGACAUGUUGGUGUUCAAGAAGGUUGCCAAGCUGAUGGGCGGCAAGGUCCGCAUCAUCAUGUCGGGAGGAGCCCCUCUCUCGGCCGAUACCCAUGAGCAAAUCAAGACCUGCCUGUGCCUGGAUCUCAUUCAGGGAUAUGGCCUCACGGAAACCACCUCAGGAGCCACAGUUAUGGAUUACCGCGAUAUGAGCUAUGGCCGCACUGGAGGACCUCUGACCGUCUGCGACAUUCGUUUGGUGAACUGGGAGGAGGGCAACUACCGCAUCACCAACAAGCCCUAUCCCCAGGGUGAGGUGCUCAUUGGCGGCGAGUGCGUCUCUCAAGGUUACUACAAGCUACCCGGCAAGACCAACGAGGACUUCUUCGAGGAGGAUGGACGACGGUGGUUCAAAACUGGAGACAUUGGAGAAAUCCAAGCCGAUGGCGUACUUAAGAUUAUUGAUCGUAAGAAGGAUCUGGUUAAGCUGCAGGCCGGCGAAUACGUCUCACUUGGAAAGGUUGAAUCGGAACUGAAAACUUGUGCUAUUAUUGAGAACAUUUGCGUCUAUGGUGAUCCCACCAAGCAGUUCACGGUCGCGCUGGUCGUGCCAAACCAAAAGCAUCUGGAGGAGCUGGCUGAGAAACACGGACUGCUCAACAAGACCUUCGAAGAACUCUGCUCCUCGCCGAUCAUGGAACAAGCCGUGCUCAAGGAAAUUGCUGAACAUGCGCGGAAAUGCAAAUUGCAAAAGUUUGAAGUACCGUCUGCCAUAACGCUGUGCAAGGACGUUUGGUCACCAGACAUGGGCCUGGUGACGGCCGCCUUUAAGCUGAAGCGCAAGGAUAUCCAGGACAGAUAUCAGCAUGAUAUUAACCGCAUGUACGCCUCAUGAAAGUCAGCAUACUAAACUAGAAAGAGCAAAAGCCGAUACGACAACAACACGGAGAGACAACUACGUUAGUGGAGCAGCAGCAAUGAAGCUAGUGCGAUAUAGUAGUGGCGAUAUAGUAGCCCCCACACCCCAUAAGACACAAGCAUGCGUACCAAAUCCAAAUCCAAAACCAAGCUAGCCCAUGUCCAUAUAGAUUUGAAAGUCAGGCCAAACACAAGGAUGUAUAAAAAGAAAAAGUUCUCAUUUACAAAUUGGUUCUGUUCCCUAUUGUUUGCUAGAUUCUUUUUUUUUUUUAAAUUAUUCGUCUUUUUUAAUUAUAAUAAAUGAAGUUUGUUGAAGUUUCGUUGGUAGAUAGAAGUAGCUCUGGUCUGGUAGUUUGGUUUGGAAUCGAAAGUGCGCGCUGUUUAUGGGCCUAAAAUGCUGUAGAACAGAUAAUGACAAUGAUAAUGAUAAUAAUAAUAACUGAAUGGCAAUGAUGAUAAUGAAUGAAUGAAUAAUUAAUAAUUAAUUGUAUAAUGUACAGUUUUUGGUUUUUAGUACAUUUUUUGGCAAAUGAAAAUUAUAAGUAAACAAUACUUAUUUUUAUAGUAAGCUUAAGUGGUUGCCUAUUAAUUAUGUACAUACAAAUAUACACACCUACAUCUAUAUACUUGCAUAUACAUACGUGUAUAAUAAAUUUAAUAAUUAGUGUACUCCUCUAUUCUAAGUUUAAUGUAUGGCAUCCCAGAAGCAACAUGAAUUGUAGCAGCGACUUGAUAAUGAAUUAAAACACAACACAACAGCUAAACACAUUAAAUAUUUUCUUGAAUAAUGCUUAUUCUAAGCAUUAAAAUACCAUCUAACUACAAAAAUGGAAACCAUCCAAAAAUUAUUUUUAAUAAACUCAAAGGCAGAAAGGUUACAAAUGGCAAAUGUAAAAUGUAUAUUUUAGCUCAAUUUAGUUAAAGAAAAGAAGCUAAAUCAAAUGAAUUUUAUUAAUUAAUGUCGAAAACACAUACAGAGAAAAGUCAAAAUUAAAAAGCAACAAUGAAAGACUUAGUACUAAAAUAAAACAAAAAAGGUACAGCAAGAAAACCCCAACAAAACCGCCUAAUUUAAAAAAUAAUUAAACAAAGAUUUAAUUCUGUUUUAGAUGUGCAAAAAGUCUUGAAUACAAUUUAGUCAUAUUUUAGUUAAACUAUGUAUAUUUAGGGAACGUUUAGCAAUUUUUUGAUGGGAAACGUUGCGUUUCUUUUUUUUAAAUAAAAUUCAAAUGAUGAGAAA